AUGCUACACAGAAGUGGAUGUCACUCAUUUUUUCAACUCCUACGUACAGGUCCAAAGGUAGAGUAUAGCAGGACGACGACACAACGACUGGUGCAAAGAUCGUUUUCAAAGGUUCCCUUUUUCUGUGCUUAUCAACUCUGUCGCGCUGACGAGGAGUGUGCGCGACCGAGUACCCCUUGUGCUGCCAUCGUUUUCUAUUGCAACUGGUUGCUUGCAUCGUAUACGAGUGCACCGUGCGUUGUCUGCAUCUAUCACGUUUUGUGCAGUUUCUGCCUGCGUGCCUUUCGAGUAAAACUGCAGCUUUUAUCUCAACGGUGUGUGUUGAAAGCGCCCCUGCACGGACCAUGCCAGUUGACAGAGGGGAUCCGGAUAGUUUCCUCCGAUCGCAGGGGCUUUCUCUUUUAA